AUAAUAAUUAAAAAAAAUCCUAAAAUACAAAACUUAUAAUUUUAACUUUUAUUUUCAUAAAAUAAAAAAUAAAAUUAUUUUUACCAAUUAAAUUCACUAAAAUAAGACCAUUUUACUUAAAGAUUCGUAUAUCGAUCAUGCCGGUCAUACCGCUGAUGUCACGCCGGUUUUAUAACCGGUAUAAGUUGAGCCUGGUUCAACCGGUGACACGCCGGCCGGCGUGACAUCCAUGGUUUUACCUUACUUUCUCAUCUUCCAGUUGUUUGGUAACAUUUUGAAAAAAAAAACUAAGAAACUUAUAUUUCCUCCUAAAAUACUUCACUAAGCAACAGAAGGCACAAUCACAAGAGACCCGACAUCUUCAAAGACGAGAACAAUUGCACAACGAUGAUUUCCAAGUCACGCAAAGAUGAAGUUUUCAUUGACAUGGAGGGUGUUAUCGUAGGCGAAGAAUGUAAUUAUAUAGAUGGUGAAUCAACAUAAGCCAGAGUUAAGCUGGAGCAGAAGUGUCAAGCAUGCAUCCAAAUUCUUCAAGCACUAUUCUAAAUACAAGUUCUACUACCUUUAUUGAUAGAAUACCGUUUUAAAAAUGUAGCUCUUCAGAUUUGAAAACUCUAGAAGUUUGAUUCAACAGAUUGGAUAACUAAAUCGAGUCUUACACAUCAUCGUCAUAUAUACAAAACAUCAUCCGCAAACAAAGACCACCGGUCAUAUUGUAUGCCACGAAUCGUCAAUUUAGAAAAAUACAAAAAGCAACCCUUCAAAUUUGAAAGGGUUAAUACCAUAGUUUGGCCCGAAGUUUAGCGUUAGUGACAGUUCUGGCCCCAUUUUUCAAAUAAGACAUUUGUGGCCUACUUUAGAAAUUAUUGGACAAAUUUGGCCCGAGAGACGGUUUGACUGUCAGAAUUAACGGUCAACUAUUUUUCCAUCACUGACUCAGCAUUUGCCACUGACUGGGCUUGUCCACAUCAUUUACAAAUUAAAUAAAAUAACACAAAUAAUAAUAACAAAUGAAAAAACUGAAUUACAGAGAAGGGGUCACGUUGACCACUAGCUCUUCCCCUUAUUCACUCCAUCGUUUCUCCUUCCCCCACUCGUUCCCGAGCGGCCGACGAUUCUUCCGCCUCUCCUUCUUCUUCGCCAGCUCCAAUCAUCACCGCCCUCACCUUGGGGUCAACCGCCAAGUACUGACCAGGAACUAUCCUCCUGCAUCUGGACUUCCCAAAUGUCUCCGGGUGAACUUUAUCAAACACACUCUUCUCCUUGUCGUAUUUCAAAAUCACAAUCCUCCCGGAAUCGGAACUAGCGACGAUUUAAUCCUUCUGAGAUCCAGUAAGUCUGAAUUGAGCCAAAGAGCGAAUAGCACCGAAUAUUUCGAUGAAAAGAAUGAUUUGGAGCCUACCGAUGUUGUCGGGACGGAGGAGAUCGAGAAGCUUUCCCCGCGCAAUGACGAUCUCUUGGAACUUCCUGCCAGAGAAGCUUUCGUUAAUGGCGGCCACCACACCGAUGGGUCGCUGAGGUGUUAAUCGGUGGGCAAGUGGAAGAAAAUGGGAGGGGUGGGUUUUGAUUUGCUUUGCCGCAGAAAGCAAGGCAGGGCUAGCAGCGGCGGGGGAAAAUGGGAGUUGGAGGUGGCGGCGGGUGAAAGUGGGAGGUGGAGGUGGUCGCAGGGAUGGGUGGGUGGUAGGGUUGAAAAUGGAAUGGGGGAUUAAGUGGGCUCCAAAUUAAUUUAAUUGUUUUUCCUUUUUUUUUCAUUUUAACAUAAAAAAAUUAUGUGCAAAUGAUGUGGCAGCCAUGUUAGUGCCACAUCAGCACUGAAUGCUGAGUAACUAACGGAAUAAAUGUUUGACCGUCAG